CUUGCAGCGAAGACUUACAAUUCCAGAAUGUGCUGUUACAAUAUCCUGAUCAGCAAAAAAACUAGAAUCAGUGAGAACUGAAGUGGGGGGAAAAAAUAAACUACAUCUAUAAAAUCAAAUUACUUAACUCAUGAAGCUUAACAGUCAGUGUGCAACACUUGCAAAUUAUUGUCCAUCUGUGCUCCAGUCAGUGAUGGGGCCAUCACAGGUGGGAACAAUACGGAGGGAGUUUGGGUAGGCCCAUGAUGAAAUGUUUAUUACUAGAAGGGAAGCAUGGACAAAAUUGUAACCCUGAUUUUCACCCCCAGCUGCACUGUAAAGAGUGCCUGGAGAAGGAUUUUUGCAUGAUCCCACCACUUUUUUUUGUGGACUUAGCAGAGUUGGGCUCACAGUUAGACUUGACCUUGAAGAUCUUUUCCAACCUAAAGCUUUCCGUGAUUCUAAAGUUUCCUGCUUGAUUUAGUCACUGAACUUAACUCAUCUCGGUACAGACCAGACAUGCCCCAGCUAUUCAGGACUCCCUAAUUGGGAGCUGAUUUCCUGCGUGUGCACCAGCAGUUGAGCAAGGCUUGUGUUCAUCAAAUAACCGAGAAGUUACACGUUUGCUUAAGCACCAGGAGCUUUUUGCUGUGACACCUCUUGAUCACAGGUUUAUUUACAGAGCCAGGCAAGCCGUGGGUUAUUUUCGGGCUGUGCUGCCACUGCAGCCAGGGCUGAUGGACAGAGACACUGCCAUAGUGCCUUGUCCCUGUUUGUGUUUAUGAACAGCAGGCUCUGAUGGGGCUGCUUGAGGAGCAUGAGGGGCAAUGCCAUGGUUGCGCAGAAAGCACACGCAGUGAAUUUUCCCUGCCCUGCUGAUUGUGCUUUUCCUGUCGGGACACCUUUACAGGUGACCUGUGUGGAAGGAGCAGAGGCUCUGGCCAGGGUGGAGGGCUGCUGGGCUAGGACACUGUGCAAGCAGCUAGGCUGGCUUGGUAAGGCUCGGCUUAGUCACUUCCUUUGGGGAGUGGGUGGGGAGGAUGCAUCUCCUGUGUGGGAGCCCCACCUGAGCCUCCUCAUGCUGCAGCGAAAUGCUGAGGUGCUCUCUGCUCAUCAGGAAUGGCUGGGAGUUCUGGGCUGGCUGGGCACAGAUAGGGCACUGAGUACGGGCUUGGCUUUGUCCAAGAAGAGCCACGAAGGGCUGAAAGCGGCUGCAGGACGUGAAACCGCGCCCAGCAAAGCCUGGGGCACGAACCGAUCUCGGGACGUUCCCAUCUCACAGCUGCUCCUGAAACCCCUCGCAGCAGUCACUUGGAGAACCUCAGCCGACUUUCAGCACCUCCCUACGCUGCUGGGAAGCCGGGCUUAGGAGAAAAUCGCUAUCGCUGUGACCCCGUGGUGUCCUGGAGCUGUCUGUCCACGGGCUUUGAAACGAGGAUGUCCCUGCGUGUCUGACGCGAUGCUGUGGCUUGUACCUCGAAUUCCCCGACUCGACGAAUUCUUACUCAUCCUCUUGUUUGGAGCAGGUAUUUCACGAGCCCCUGUCCGAGCCCCGUGAGGAUAUUUCUCGGCUGAUGGAGUAGCAGAGCCGGAGCUGUGGAUGACAGAGGCGUUCCCGAGCGGGGCCGGUGCUCCCCUCCUGCAGCACAGCCCAGAGGCACCAGCACAGCACCGAGGCGUGUCAGGAAACCUGAUGCCUCACCUCUGCCAAUGUGGAGGCGGAGGGAGGAGGGCCCAAAGACAUGUCCCUUCACGAUCGCAACAGCUGAAAACAGAGAAGGAAACUUGCUAGAGCGUUUUUUACCAGCGCAGGAAGCCUUGUCCCGCUCUCACCCCAGAAGCCCUCCCGUACUCCAUUACUCUGGGGGGGUGGCUGUCCCACACCCGUCGGGCGAUGAACAUCGCAAGGAGAAGAGGCUUUUACAGACAAGAGGUGAACAACACGCUCUGGGAGCUGCCCAGGAGAUACACGUCCCUCCACCCGCUGGGCUCCGGGGCCUACGGCUCCGUGUGUUCAGCCAUAGACAAGAAGACGGGGGAGAAAGUGGCCAUCAAGAAGCUGUGCCGCCCAUUCCAGUCAGAGAUCUUUGCCAAGAGAGCCUACAGAGAGCUGAUGCUGUUGAAGCACAUGCAGCAUGAGAAUGUCAUUGGGCUGCUUGAUGUCUUCACCUCCACUGCUUCCUACCAGGGGUUCCAGGACUUCUACCUGGUGAUGCCAUACAUGCGGACAGAUUUACAAAAGAUCAUGGGACAUGAAUUCAGUGACGAAAAGAUCCAGUACCUGGUCUACCAAAUGCUGAAAGGGCUGAAGUAUAUUCAUUCAGCUGGCAUUGUCCACAGGGACCUGAAGCCAAGUAACCUGGCUGUGAAUGAAGACUGCCAGCUGAAGAUCUUGGAUUUUGGUUUGGCCAGACAGGCUGAUGCUGAGAUGACUGGCUACGUGGUCACACGGUGGUACAGAGCCCCAGAAGUCAUCCUGAACUGGAUGCAUUACAACCAGACAGUGGAUAUCUGGUCUAUUGGCUGUAUCAUGGCAGAAAUGCUGACUGGGAAAACACUCUUUAAAGGAAGAGACUACCUGGAUCAGCUGACCCAGAUCCUGAAAGUAACAGGGCACCCAGGAGAGGACUUCUUGGAGAAGCUGGAGGACAAAGCAGCAAAGAGUUACAUCAAGUCCCUUCCUAAAAUCCCCAAGAAGGAUUUGUCUGUGCUUUUCCCUAAAGCAAAUCAUCAGGCUGUGGACCUGCUUGACAAGAUGUUGCAGCUGGAUGUGGAAAAGCGCCUCACAGCCACAGAGGCCUUGGCUCACCCGUACUUCGACCAGUUCCGAGACAUCGAGGAGGAGACAGAGGCACAACAUUCCUAUGAUGAUUCUCUGGAACAUGAAAAGCUUUCAAUAGAGGAGUGGAAAAAGCACAUUUACAAGGAGAUCUUGACCUUCAGUCCCAUUGCACGGAAGGAUUCAAAGAAGACAAGUGGGAUGUCAUUAUAGUGAUGGGUGCAGCUGUAACUGGGACUCAGUUCUCCUUGAUGACACCAAAUUCAUUCCACAUUGCAUUGCUGGUGGCCAACUUUUGGCCUGUGGGACCUCUCUUCAUGUGCCAACGUAAGGAUGACACCGUGCCGUGGGCAUUGGACUUUGUUCUACUAAAGGGGAAGCACCUCAGACAGUUUCCAAAGUAAAAGACAAAUAUAUUCUUGUUGAAACUU